GUACACGUUCAGAACUCACGCUGAAACUUCCCGUUCAAACUCCACUGGGUGGCAGAUCAAAUCGCGCGCGCUUUUCUUUACGCGACUCUCUCCAUUCGAGUGACAUUUACGCUAAACUGCUAUAACAUUUAACGACAUUUAAAAUUUUGUUUCGUUAUCUUUUUUUGGACUUUCCCUUACUUUCUUUGAGGAACUUUUGUCUUCUUUUGUCUUCAGCAGUGUUGGACGUUUUGGAAAUUUUGCAGUUACUGAAUGAUGGGAGUGACAAAUAGUGCAGCUGAAGUGGUUUGAAUUGGAUAAUCAUGCACAGUCUCCGAACUUUUAGCAGAACUUCUAUAUAUCCAUGUUUAGCCUAUAUCCUUCUAUUAUUUCAGUGUAACGAUGCGGCGUUUGCCUUUGAGCCCGACUUCCUUUACCCUCUAGAAAACCUAACUGUUCCCCAAGGAAGAGAUGCUGUUUUUACGUGCAUAGUUAACAAUUUGGGAGGAUACAGGGUGAGUGGGGAUUCAGCCACAGCCAGGGUUGCUUGGAUUAAAGCAGACACUAAAGCCAUACUGGCCAUUCAUGAAAGCGUCAUAACGAAUAAUGCCAGGUUGUCUGUAACACACAAUGAUUUCAAUACAUGGACCCUCAACAUCAGGAGCGUUAAACGAGAGGACAGGGGCCAGUAUAUGUGUCAAGUCAACACCGAUCCCAUGAAAAUGCAGACAGCAUAUUUAGAGGUCGUCAUACCUCCAGACAUUAUGUACGAAGAGACCUCAGGGGACAUGAUGGUACCAGAAGGAGGUUCGGCCAAACUGGUUUGUAAGGCUCGGGGAUUCCCCAAGCCCAGGAUCAUCUGGAGACGGGAAGAUGGCGGAUCGAUCAUGCCUCGUGGCAGCGAAGGUUUGAAAAAAGAACCUUUGACUGCAUUCGAAGGUGAAGUGCUUAGUCUGACCAAAGUGACAAGGUCUGAAAUGGGGGCUUAUAUGUGUAUUGCUGCCAACGGUGUGCCUCCGUCUGUAAGCAAGAGAAUGAUGCUGCACGUCCAUUUUCAUCCACUGAUUCAAGUACCAAAUCAGCUAGUCGGGGCUCCCAUAAACACCGAUGUAGGCCUCGUUUGUCACGUAGAAGCAUCUCCAAAAGCAAUAAACUACUGGACUAGAGAAACUGGCGAAAUGAUCAUAUCAAACGAUAAAUACUUUAUGACUGAAAUCAGCAACUCCUAUUACAGCGUCCAAAUGAAACUGAUAAUCAAACAUAUUCAAAAAUCAGAUUUAGGUGGUUACAGAUGCAUAUCAAAAAAUUCUAUAGGCGAUGCUGAAGGGAAUAUUCGAUUAUACGAAAUGGAAUUGCAAGAAGAAACCCAGCUGGAUGAUAACGAAGAUGAAGAUCUUAAUCUUGAGACUGAUAGCAUUGAGACAAGAUUGUACAACGAUAUCAAGGGCCCCCUCACACAACAAAACGAGAAUAGUUUACCGUUCAACUCAACCGAAUCGCAUUCGUGUCAAAUUAUUGUUAUAUAUCAAUUAUUUUUGUUGCCUGUUGUAGUAGAGCUUUUUUUCUGACAAGUGUUAAACCAAGUGUAGGAAUACAGUAAAUUAAAAUUAUGUGAUAUGUGCCAAAUUUACUUGCGCUUCACCUUUAAUCUGAAUGCUGGAUGUCUCUGUGUAGAAAUUGGACAUGAAGAGGUGCCCAAAUAUUUUUAAGAAAUAUCCACACAACAUGUCCCUGUGAAUUUAAUGAUGUUUAUUAUAUUAUAUCAUUCUUGUUAUUGUUUUCAAAGAUGUUUUUGUUUUGUCAUUUUUA